CUUCAGAUUCCUCUUCACCCCUCAUCGCUGCACACACACAAAUACAACUUCGGAUGAGAAGAUUUCCAUCUACGGCACUGAAACAGAAAAUCGUGGAGCUCAGUUUAGAAGCUCGUCCCCGUGGUCAAUGGUGACGUCGCUCAAUCGACAAUUUCAAAGGCCGACAUCGACGACAUGAAUUUCAGCACUCAACCCUUAGUCCACUUUGAAAGUCCCACCGCAACCAUUAGCUGUGACUGACCGAAGUAGCAGCAACUUGUCUGCGUCUCAUCGCUGAACGCCCGAGGCUCUAAUCGUUGGCAAGGCCUCGACCGGAACCUUUUGAAGAUAGAGCUAGCAAAUCUAUAAAUCAAACCUGCCCACAUAAAUAAAACCGCUCAAUUCAGAUGAUCUCUGGCUUCUCUUUCAGUUGCCACAAUGGUUCCUAAGCAUCUGUUAACCGGAAUUCGUAUCCUAGCUCGACCCUUUUGUCAACGCGCACGACCCACAAAUCUCUGUUCCUAUCCCGAAUUUCUUCAUAAGCUCCAAAGCAGGCAUUAUUCAAAUGAACCGCCCCCAGUCGCUCCGGCUUUCUCUCCUCCGCUAGCCUCCACUUCAAAUCCAAAGAGCUCUCUGAAUGACGCUGAGCUACAAAAAUUUGCCGCAAUUUCUGGGACAUGGUGGGAUGCUGAAGGUCCGUUUAAGCCGUUGCAUGUGAUGAACCCGACGAGGCUUGCUUUUAUCAGGUCCACAUUGUGCCGGCAUUUUGGAAAGGAUCCAAACUGCGCGAGGCCAUUUGAAGGAUUGAAAUUCAUAGAUGUUGGCUGUGGAGGGGGGAUUUUAUCUGAGCCUUUGGCUCGGAUGGGUGCCACUGUUACAGGAAUUGAUGCUGUUGAAAAGAACAUCAAGAUUGCACAACUUCAUGCGAAGCUGAUGAAAUUAUCUUUGGCAGAAAAAUUGGUGGAAGAGCAGAGGAAAUUUGAUGCAGUACUUGCACUGGAGGUAAUUGAGCACGUGGCAGAUCCUUCUGAUUUCUGCAAAUCCUUGUCAGCAUUGACCAGUUUUGGUGGAGCUACGAUUAUCUCUACAAUUAAUCGAUCCAUGAGAGCAUAUGCAACUACCAUCCUCAUGGCUGAAUAUGUGCUACACUGGCUUCCAAGAGGCACACAUCAAUGGUCGAGCUUCCUGACGCCAGAAGAACUGGUCCUUAUUCUUGAGCGUGCCUCUAUUUCAGUCAAAGAGAUGGCUGGGUUUGUUUAUGACCCCUUGACUGGGAGAUGGUCCCUUUCUGAUGAUGUCAGUGUUAAUUUCAUCGCUUAUGGCACUAAGAACAGUGAAUAGUAACCUGACAUCCAGUUUCUUGUUAUGUAAUUGAGUUAUAACUUAUAAUUUGGUUUCCUUUCUUUCCCUUCCUUUAUCCGUCUUUUAUUUAUUUUUUUCUGUCACAACUCGCUUGAGGCAUUAUUGGUCCUUUUGUGUGUUCAAAAGGAGUGAAGUUCUGAGGUUGAAAAUAUUUUCAGUAUCGGAAGGAAAGCAGGAUAUGUAGGCAUUUAUUGCACUGUGUAGUAUAUUCAACUUUAACUAUACAAUCUUGCAAUAUGUUUUUUGUUAGGCUGACCUAACCAUUACGCCGACAUACUUUCCUCUUA